AUGUGGAAUGACAUUGAUAGCCUCCCCCCUGUCUGGAAGAGCCUAAACCUCCAGAUUUUGCUUUUGCAAAAGAAUCGCCAAUUACUUUGCUCAACUGAAUUCUUUAGUGGGUUGGAAGCACUUAAAGUGUUGGAUCUAAGCUAUACUAGAGGUAAUCUAUCUAAGGUUCUUGGCAUUAAUCACCUAGCAGGUCUACAGACAUUGAUCCUAGACGGUACGAUUGUGCCCGUGGACACUAAAUUUCUUGGACAUAUGAAGACUAUUGAAGUUCUUAACCUUAAAAAUUCUGUUUUGCCUAGUCCACCAUUGGAGCUUCGGGAAUUGAGCAAGCUGAGGUUACUGGAUAUGAGUUAUACUUGGCACAGUUCACUCAUUCCGGCUGAGGUGAUGUUAGGUCUAUCCCGAUUGGAAGAGUUGUAUCUGUUUAACACCUUCAUCAAUGAGGUACCUGAACCUGCAGUUGAAGUAGCUGUAGUAAACUCUUUGUCUCACCUAUCUGCCCUAGAGAUUUCAAUAAUGGAUACUGAAAUUUUGCCCCAGGACUUCAUAUUCCCUGAUGUGGAAAAUUUUAGAAUUGAAAUGGAGGUUCUAGUGGUUUGGAACUGCAGAGAGUUUGAGUGCUUGAUCAAUAGAGAUGAGGAAAUGGAGAUAGCAAUUCCAUUACAUGAGGAGGAGCGGAAUCUGCUGCAAUUGUUACCUAACCUUGAAGAAUUGAUACUUUUUGAUUUGGAUACCUUAAAAGGGAUAUGUCAUGGUGCAAUACCUUCCAGCUGGGAGAUCAUGACCAAACUAAAAGUCUUGGCUGUUUUGUCUUGUCCUCAAAUGUCAAGUCUUGGUUUUCAUAUCAAUUUGCUUCAAAGGCUACAAUUUCUUGAAAGACUUGUGUUAAAUAAUUGUUAUGCGUUACAGCUUGUGUUUGACGGCCAAAGUGGUGAUGCACAUGUUGCCGUGGAUGAAGGAAAUGAGCUGAGUCUGAAUGACAUAUCUCUAUCAAACUUGCCUAGUUUGAAUCAAAUAUGCAACUGCCCGGGUCGAAUCGUACACCUCCACAACCUGAGACGCCUCGAGAUUGAAAAAUGUAGGAGGUUGAAAAAUCUCUUCCAAUCUUCAGUUGCCCAAACUCUUCAGAAACUGGAGAUACUGAAAGUAUAUGACUGUAAAGGAAUAGAGGAAAUUGUUGUAGCAGAGGGUGAUAAGCAGAAAGUCGCGGAGAAGAUUCUAUUUCCUAGUCUCAAAAUUCUGGAACUCACAGAUCUUACCAACCUCAAAUGUUUCUGCAUGGGAGGCUUUCAUUUUGAAUGGCCGUCAUUGGAAAGCUUAUAUGUUGAAGAGUGUCCAAAUACGAAGACUUUUGUUGCAACUGCUGCUACUAAUCGGACUCAAAGCAAUCCAAAACUGAAGAAUAUUAUUGUGGAUGAUUAUGAGAGUUUGGUAGAAGAGGGAGAGUCGGUAGACUUGAACAUAGUUAUCCAAAACCACGUCAAAGCAGUGGAAUACUAUUCAAAAUCAUGA